GUUUCCAACAGUUGUCUCCAAAGGAGUUAAUGGAACGGGUCUGAGGAAUUAGAAUGAAAGGUUUGUUUACUUGUUACUUAACUACUAAACCUUCUUACUACUUAAACUAACAAAUUGGUAGAGACUUUCAUAUUGUUUGCUCCUUGUUUUGCUUAACAUGUCCUUUUUUUGUUCCGUUGACAAUUAACUGAGCUGACUUAUGUGAUGGAAUAUUUAUGAACUAUACAUGGAAGGAGAACUACCCACAACUAUCAGCUGAAGUUGCAGAGGACAGAAAAUUCGAUGUCUACAUGGGUAUUGAUGUCUUUGGUCGGGGCUCUUUUGGUGGUGGGCAAUCGACUGUAAAUGCUGCUCUUGAUUUGCUGAAGAGACACAAUCUAUCAGCUGCCAUGUUUGCUCCUGGAUGGGUAUAUGAGACUGCACAACCACCCAAUUUUCAUACGGCUCAGAAUAAAUGGUGGUCACUUGUCGGGAAGUCUUGGGGAAUAGUUGGCUAUAAACUGGGAUUGCUGUUGGCUAUAAACUGGGAUUGCUGAUUAAUGAAGAGACUUUUGUUCUUGCUGUAACUCAACACAUUUUUAUUUUUUGUGUCAUGAAACUUUUUAAUUUUAAAAAACUAUCUUUUCAAACA